AUUGAGCACGCAUCGACCGCGAAUCGCUUACCAUCGAGCACGCAUCCCCAUCCCCAUUGCUUACUGCAGCUGCCCCACAUUCUGCCCACGCCAUGUCGACCCCCACCCACUCUGCGCUGCAGCAAUCGCGCACAUCCAUCGAGCGUCGUUUGUCCGAUCUUUCGACGCAUCAGAUUCCUCGCUUGCGAUCAUGCGACAGCGUAGCAGAACUGCAAGCGGCCGAAAGAGAGGGGAAUGCGAGUGUGAGAGAGGCGAGGGAGUUGGUGCAGGAGAUGAGGCUGGAUUGCGAUGAGCUGGAAGGCAGCGAAGCGCAAGAGUGGAGAGAGAGGAUAGGGGAGAUCAUGGCACAGCUGGACAGGUCACAGGCAGAGUGGAGGAGAGCACUGUUGAUGGCCAGGCAAGUCAUCUCUCGCUCCCACACCGCAUCCGCACGCAGAGAGUUGGGCUUGGACUCAAACUCGCAAUACAAUGCCAACUCCUCAAGUGCACAGACGCAAGCACAAGGCGAUGACAAGCUGGCCACGGCAUCGCAGUCAGUGACGGAUGCAUUGCAGCGCACAGUGCAGCUCAUGUCCUUUGAGCUUCAAAAAUCAUCCUACUCUUCCGCCUUGCUGGACGAAUCCUCCAACUCUCUGCUCACGCUGCAAUCCUCCUACACCUCCUUUGGCGAUAUCCUGCGCAAUUCCAAAGGCUUGAUUCAGAGCAUGGAGAGGCAGGAUCUGCUCGAUGCUCUCCUGCUCCUCUUGGCUGCCCUAUUCUUUGCAGGCUGCGUGGCUUACAUUGUCAAAGUGAGGGUGUGGGAUAGGGGCGUAGGCCUUCUCUCCUUUGUCUGGAGAGUGGUCACGCUGGGAAGGAGCGGCGGCGCGGCGGCAGGCAAGUUGAAAGAGGCUGCAAAGGAAAAGGCCAGCAGGUUGGCAUUGCAGAGCAGCGCGUCGUCGGCCAGCAGGAGCUCGAAAGAGGCGCUCAUCGCUGCUGCUGCUGCCUCCUCCACCACCGCCAUCAACAAGGCUGCGCAGGCGCUCCAAGCCGCUUCUACUACGCAUGCUGUCGACGAUCCGAUUGGGCAUCAGCACGCCGACACGACGCACUCGCACAACUCCGACCAUACGCCAAGAGAAGUGAUUCACGAAGAAUUGUAACAUUACGUUUCAGGGGUCCAUCAUCAAUGCAACUAUCGCCGCGCGAUAACCAUAGACAAUCACGCGCGACCUGACGUUCCAUCGAGCUGGCUCUCAGGUGUGCAAAGGUUGAUAUGUUCGAGGGGUGAUGAAGCA